AAAGCAGAAAGAACGAAAGAUACAGAGAGGAAGAGGGGCAAGCAACGGAAAGCAACCCAAGCCGAGCGAGGGGAAGUCUCCCUUUCCUCCCUCUUCCCUCACAUUCACACAGGACUCGCGCACUCUCUUUAAUCGCCUCGGUUCGUCCUUCCUUCGUCCCGGUUGAUCCAUCCAGGCUUCCAGCCUUCGUCUCUCCCGUUCCCCUUGUGCUCGAGCUCGGCCCGUUCAAGAAAAUAACGAUUUGGAUUUUUUUUUCCCUUUCCCCUUGGUCUCUUUUGUAAGGAGCUGAAUUCUCAGCUCCAUCCUUUUGCUCGCGCCUCUAUCUUUGUCGGCAGACUGGCCACUUUGGACUCCGGGGGAAAUUUGCCCCCUUUCUUGAUUUGGGAAGGCUCCUGCUGAUUCGGUUGCUGUUCUUGUUUAAGAAGGAGGAGAAUUUGGUGCGGUUUGGUGGUGUCGUGUGAGGAGUCUGAGACGCGGUAAUGAAUUCUUGGGUUCUCGAACCUAAGGUGCUCCUUUGACUGGUCUUUGUCCUCCUUUUUCUUGCGCAAUUUCGUCGGGGUUUGCUAUUUGCGUUAAUUUCCGGAAAAGUUGGGGGAUUCCUGAGCUCGAAUACCAGGUUCUUGAUCCGGCGGCUCCAUGGGACUCUGCCAUGGCAAGUCAGCCGCGGCCACGGGGCCGGUGGCGGAGAAGGAAUCCCAUGUAGCUAACGGCGCGGCGACCCCUGCCGCAACCCGCAGCGGAGCCGCAUCGCCGGCCCCGGCGGCGAAACCCAGCACGCCGAAGCAGCCCAAGUUCCCGUUCUACAUGGCGAGCCCGCUCCCGCCGUCAAGCUACAAGGGCUCGCCUGCGAACUCGAGCGUCGCGUCGACGCCGGCGCGGGGCGGAUUCAAGCGGCCGUUCCCGCCGCCGUCGCCGGCGAAGCACAUCCGCGCGCUCUUAGCGCGGCGCCACGGUUCGGUGAAGCCGAACGCGGCGUCCAUUCCCGAGGGCAGUGAGCCGGGUGUUGCGCUGGACAAGAGCUUCGGCUUUUCCAGGCACCUCUCCGCCAAGUACGAGCUCGGCAGGGAGGUGGGGCGCGGCCAUUUCGGGUACACCUGCGCCGCCAAGGCCAAGAAGGGUGAGCUCAAGGGCGAGGAGGUUGCCGUCAAGGUCAUCCCCAAGUCCAAGAUGACCACUGCCAUCGCUAUUGAAGAUGUCAGGAGAGAAGUCAGAAUAUUGAGUUCUUUGACAGGCCACAACAACCUAGUGCAAUUUUACGAUGCUUUUGAGGAUGAAGAGAAUGUAUAUAUAGUUAUGGAGUUGCUGUUGAGCCAGUUAUGCAAAGGUGGUGAGCUGCUGGACAAGAUUUUGGCUAGAGGUGGAAAAUAUUCCGAAGUGGAUGCAAAGGUUGUUAUGCACCAAAUUCUAAGUGUUGCUUCAUUUUGCCAUCUUCAGGGUGUUGUUCACCGCGAUCUGAAACCAGAGAACUUCCUUUUCGCGUCGAAGGAUGAGAGCUCUGCCUUGAAGGCCAUAGACUUUGGUCUGUCUGAUUUUGUAAAGCCAGAUGAAAGACUUAACGACAUUGUUGGAAGUGCAUAUUAUGUUGCACCAGAAGUGCUCCAUCGAUCUUAUGGCACCGAGGCUGAUAUGUGGAGCAUUGGAGUAAUUGCAUAUAUUUUGCUCUGUGGAAGCCGCCCUUUCUGGGCACGAACUGAAUCGGGAAUAUUUCGUGCUGUCCUUAAGGCAGAACCUAGUUUUGAUGAAGCCCCAUGGCCUACCCUCUCUGCUGAAGCAAAAGAUUUUGUGAGAAGGCUGCUUAAUAAGGAUUACCGCAAGAGGAUGACAGCCGCACAAGCCCUCUGUCAUCCAUGGAUUCGUGGCACUCAAGAAGUGAAGAUUCCCUUAGACAUGAUAAUUUACAGACUUAUGAGGGCUUACAUAAGCUCAUCUUCUCUACGGAAAUCUGCUCUGAGGGCCCUCGCCAAGACGUUAACGACAGAUCAACUCUUCUACCUAAGAGAGCAGUUUGAAUUGCUAGGGCCAAAUAAGAGUGGGUAUAUCACCUUGCAAAAUUUGAAGACGGCUUUAACGAAGAACACCACAUAUGUAAUGAAGGAUUCUAGGAUUGUUGACUUUGUUAACACAAUAUGCAACGUUCAAUACAGAAAGUUGGAUUUUGAGGAGUUUUCUGCUUCUUCCGUAAGUGUCUACCAGAUGGAAGGUUUGGACACCUGGGAACAGCAUGCCCGGCAGGCGUAUGAAUUAUUUGAUAAGGAGGGAAACCGGCCAAUUGUGAUUGAGGAACUUGCAUCGGAACUUGGACUUGGACCUUCCGUUCCCCUUCAUGUCGUUCUCCAAGAUUGGAUCAGACAUUCUGAUGGAAAAUUGAGUUUCCUCGGAUUCAUAAAGCUACUCCAUGGAGUUUCUCCACGUGCUAUCCCAAAAGCCUAAUCUCUAGUUGGUCGACGGCUGGCUGGAGAAUUCGUGUGAAACUGAUACAAAUAUUAACAGACUGUCCUGGUGCAAGAGAUGAAAAAAGAGGGCUCUCUUUCUAGGCCUACAUUUUGCCUCCUCUUGACACAUGGAUUGAUGUUGUACUCAAGCUGUUUAGAGGAAUGUACAGAUUAGAUUAGGAAAAAGGAUGGAAGAUUUCAUGUGUAGGGUAACCAGCUAGCUCCCUUCACUUAUGUGUUGUGUGGUGCUUACCGAUUACAGAUUGUACUGUAUUUUUUAUUCCAUACAUCUUGCUGGAGGUAUGUGCAGAUUUAUAGUAACUUUGGAAACUCCUUCCCAGCAAACAACUUGGAAUGGUUGCUUCAAUUGGAAAAAGAAGCUGGCUCAAUAUUUUUUUA